AUGAGCUUCGAAGUACAUGAGUCUCUCAUUCAGUUCUUGUUCGAUGCAUAUUACAAGGAGCCCACCGAAGGCUAUCAGAGGGUCACUCUCGCGCAGCUAGCGCUCUGUGACCGGGAGGCGCUGCCGGCACUACUUCCCGGGACGACCGAUGUGCGGCCGAAAAAGCGAACACCUUACAUGCCUGCCGCAUUGAAGGGUGGGGUUCCGGUCGAUGCCGAAGGGGCCGCAUUGUGCUGGAACUACAAUCUUGGCAAGUGUCCCGUAGGUGAGGCGCCGAGUGUGGCCGGCUUUGGUGGCCUCGAUUUUCCGGGGGUCACUCUGUGUGAUCACCCUGCCGAACUCUUCUCUCGUCAGCUGCUUCGGGAGAGGAGUAUCCGCUCUAACCACGUGUGGACUUCUAUCGUCAUUUUUGGUGAUGUGCGGGCUCCCCGUGGCAAUAUCUUCGUCGUCCAGCCUGAAGGCCCCGAGGUGGCGUUCGAUGCAGGUCGGCGGGUCGUGUUGGUGGCCUUCUGCAUAGACCCCGCGCAGCAGCUGAAAGAUGACCAACGUCAUGAGCUCUGCUUGCUAGGUUUUAGGACCUUAGCUUUACAUCAUGCCCCUGUGAAGGCUUGGAAGGUGCCCUGCUUGAAGUGGGACGUACAACAGUUCCCUGACGUCGAGUUUUGUUUGCAACGACUCCGGGAGGGUGCCGUGUCCUUCCUCUUCGUGGUACCUCCUGGUGGCUCGCAGUCCCCCUCCGCCCCCUUGAAUCAAGCGGUCUUGAAUUUUCUCGUGCUUUUACUCGCGACUCUUGCCGAAACGUGCACUCCUUUCUGCUUGUGCCUACCUCGUGCCUCGGUCUUCUGGAAACCUGUGUUUGCUCAGACUGUCAGCUUGAAGCAUUUCUUGACUGACGUCGACUUGUGUCAAUACGGGUGUGACCGUAGGCGCGCUACGCGCCUCUUGCACAAUGUGCCUGCUCUCUGCGAUUUGGCCAGGCACUGCGAUGGGUCUCAUGUGCAUGCUCCUUGGUCUGCCAAGGCUCCUGACUCUCAUCAGCAACGUCACCUGCCGGCCACCUUCUGCGACCAUGUCGUACAAGCCUGUUUGCCGCUGUUGUCUUCGUCCAUGCUGCCCUCGCCACUCCGACCUGCCUCUGCGGCGUUGCAAGGGUCCACCAAACUUCAUGCUGUGCCUGCUGUUGUGCCCGAGUACAAGCAGGUCGUGAGGCUGCGAGUUUCUCCCGAUGUUCCCCUCCCCGAUGAAGUGCCUGCGGGCGGCUGCCCGUCCCUUCCUGGGGUGCCUGCUGGAGCUGUGCGGUUGACUGGUGGUCGCUUGAACCAG